AUGACGAUCCACUUUCUGCCUGAGAGUUCAGGGACGCUAGAGCCCUUGUCGGGAAGGAAGGUGUCCUACUGCAGCAAUUGGUACGUGCUCGGCUUGACGCUGACGGCCGGCAUCGGCGGGCUGCUGUUUGGGUACGACACAGGUGAUCCAUCCACCCUUUCCGACUUUUCUCGUUGAUUCCUUCAUACGAAGUGAAUUAAAAUGGAGCCGGAAUCCUCGAAAUAGUUGUUUACGAUCGGUUGGCUUGGUAUGUUGGGAUAAGGCCAACAAGGAGAUGUUUACUCCGCAGAAAACUUGUUGAGCUUCAAUGUUUUCUACCUGAUGCUCCCGUCCUUUUGAUAUUUGAAAUUAUCUAUUCUUAGGUGUAAUUUCUGGGGCCCUUCUUUAUAUAAAAGACGAUUUUAAGGUGGUCAAGGAGAGCAAUUUUAUUCAGGUAUGGCUUUUAGCGACCAGCUCCCUGUCUGCUGGUUCAUAGUGGGAGAAACCCAAGCUAAUGACUACCACGAGAGUUUCGAGUCUGAAGAAGUCAGUUUCUUAAUUUUUCAGGCGACAAUAGUAAGCAUGGCUUUGGUGGGGGCAGUUAUUGGAGCUGCAGGAGGGGGGUGGAUGAAUGAUGCCUAUGGGCGUAAGAAAGCUACACUACUUGCUGAUGUUGUCUUCAUACUUGGAUCUUUAGUCAUGUGUGCUGCUCCAGAUCCCUACAUCCUGAUAUUUGGAAGACUCCUGAUUGGCUUGGGUGUGGGGACUGCAUCCGUCACUGCUCCAGUGUAUAUUGCAGAGGUAUCCCCUUCAGAGAUAAGGGGGGGCCUCGUUAGCAUGAAUGUGCUUAUGAUUACUGGAGGGCAAUUUCUUUCCUAUCUUGUAAACCUUGCGUUUACCGAGGUUAGUCUUUCUUUUGCGCUGCUGAAUUUCUUGUGGUGGCAGACGUAGAUGGGCGUAUUCUUCUUCCUUCAAAUGCUAGGGAUUACAUGUUAUAGUAUAACUCAUCUGGGUGGCUCUCAUGCUUCCUAGGGAGACAGCAUGCAUGUUAAAAGAUUUAGCUGCAGUUCUGAUCUGGCAAUACGAAUCUAUUACUAAUUUAAUGUUUCAAACAUGUAAUUUACUGCUUGAUGACACCCAGAUAUCGUCUUGAUACUGAUGAAACCGAGCUCACCGGACCUUGCUAGUAUUCGUGUUGAGAAAUUUAUUUUGUUGCAUACACGAGGAAAGCCUUCCCGUUCCAGAGUAUUGAAGGUGUGACUCUGUAUCCGUAAUGUUAGAAUAGACCGGAUAAAUUCUUGGAAAACUGGCAGCAAGGAGAAUAGAUCAAAUUUUUAAGCUAUGUAACUCUUCGUACCCCAUAGUACGUAAUACUUGCACAAUUGCAUGCGAGGCAUAUGAAAAACUCUAUAUUGCUUGUAUGAAUACAUGAAAGGAAGUUGAUGGUUGAAGUUUCUAACUAAAUUUGGCAUUAAUUUUUGAUAAUCUUUUGUAAAACAUGAGAAUCAUUAAUUCUUGAUACCAGUACACUUUUUGAAGAUUGUUGGUCCUUGCUAUCAGAUAUAUCAAUGGACUGAUGCUUCUUUUUGGAGACUACUUUGAGUGUUCAGGGAAUAUGGAGCCUUUCCAAUGAUGGAACAAUAAUUUGAUUUAAUAUCCUUCCACAUUUUGCCUUAAGAUUUCCAAAUAAUUGCGAUAGUGUUUGGGUUAGAUUGUCUAUUUCUUGCAUGGUGUUAUCAUCGGCAUGCUAAAUCCAGUUACACUAAUUUAUUCUUUUCACUCCUCUAGCCUGGUCAUUUCUUCAAGUGACAUUGCGUUUUAGUUAUCUCCGCUGUUGGACCAUAAGAUUGAUUUGUGACUGAAUAGGGAGAACAUUGCAAAGUUGCCUCAAAUCUGACAUUUAUAAUUAUACUAGGUAAUUGAUGGCUUGUGUCACGGACUAUCUAGUAGGAUAUAAGUCACCAUUGAACCAUAAUUUCACUCCCACUUGGUUUCUCAGAAAAAUUAUGAAUUCGCUGAACUGUAGGUGCUGUGAUUUCCAUUACAUCUGCAUUUUUUUCUGUUGAUUUUCUUGGAUUUGACGAUCGAAGCCAAUUUCUUGGUGGAUUUAAUCACUGUUGAAUAACCCAUGAAGCCUUCGAUCAUCAGGAAGUCAGGAAAUAAUUCACCUUAUAAUGCAUGGCCAUAUUGCAUAACUCUUUGGAUACAUUCUAACCGGGCUAAAUUUUUUACUUUAUGUCAGUUUUUAUCCUUGUGGACUUCAGUAUCCAGAUAUUAUAAUAGGUAAAUAGGUGGUGUAUUAUGUUGUGAAAUAAGCAUUGUUCUCAAUGUUUUAAUGGAAAUUAAAAGCACAACUUCACCUGAUCAGCUUGACUUGGGACUUUUUAUCUAUUUGGAAGGGUUGUGAUGAGUUUGUUUCUUUGUAACAUUUUCAUGGAAGCCGAUUUCUACCAUCAGCUUUACAGCUGCAUAAAAUGGCAGUGUUUUAGAAAAAUGUCAGAUCCAGGACAGCCGAUCAUCUGAUAAAUUAUAUUCUUGAAAUGUAGUUGCAUCCCAUACUUGAACUAUGCACGCAUUAUGCCAAGUGAAGAGCAUAUCUUCUAUAUAAUACAUAUAUACAGAAAUGAGAAAUGAUGCUGGAUACUUUUUUUUUCUAGGUCAUGUUGAUACCUCUGGCUUCUCAUUCAUAUUGAUUUACUUUCCAGACCUCUUUUUUACACGAACAUGGAAAAUGAUGUAUAGGUUUAUGUUUGAAUGACCUAGUUGACAGCUGGAGAUAACUGAUGAAGCAAUGGGAAUUUGGAAACUCGAGAUGCUAUCAUUAUUUCUAACUUGAUAAUUGCAGUUUUGGUGAACGACUUAGUUGGUGAUUCAAUCUAUGCAGGUUGCUGGAACAUGGCGUUGGAUGCUGGGGGUUUCUGCUCUCCCCGCUAUCAUUCAGUUCUUCCUCAUGCUGCUUCUCCCUGAAUCACCCCGCUGGCUCUUCCUCAAGGUGAUGCAAAUAAUUUCUUGAGAUUUCUAUAUAUAAUUUAAUGGAGACCAUGUGACUUCGAUCGUGAUAUUCUACUGAUUAUACACAGAAAGAUAAGUCCAAAGCCGUCUCCACUCUGUCCAAGAUCUAUGAUUCCUACCGCCUCGAAGAGGAAGUGGGCUUGCUUUCCAUGGCAUAUGAGAUGGAUAUUCAUCAAAAGAACUCUGUGGGGUAUUUGGAUGUCUUUAGAUCCAAAGAAAUCAGGCUUGCAUUCAUAGCAGGAGCUGGCCUUCAGGUAAUAUCUAUCCCUCUCUCUCUCUCUCUCUCUCUCUCUCUCUCUCUCUCUCUCUCUCUCUUUGUCACUUACUAUCUAUCUUACAAAAUACAUCUAUAUACGGUAUAUGGUGGAUCAUCUUAUCUAGAGCCAGAAUCGGAUCCGGAUGUUAGAUCAGCCACGCCCAUUCCAUCCAUAUUUUGGCCCAUCCAGGGCAAUUCAGCGCCGUUGAAAUCGGCUAUGUUGACCGAUUUUCCUUCACAAUUCUUCAACAUAGUUCGUUUUUAUUUCUUUUUAAUUGGCAGGAAUGACUGAUUCCUGGGCAAUCCAGACCCAAAAUCAGGCACUUUCCGCGAACUACCUUGCAGCCGUCAGUAAAUUGAUGUUGCCAUUUUCUUCGGAGAAUCGGCCACUCACUCUCGGGCCCCAUUUUUAGCGAGCUUUACAUUCGCAAAUCUUCAUCACAGUGUUAGACGUCAACUCCCUUUUGAAAAAUCACUUACCUGACUAUUACGUGAUUUGCAGGCUUUCCAGCAGUUCACGGGGAUCAACACGGUGAUGUAUUACAGCCCCACCAUCGUGCAGAUGGCCGGCUUCUCCUCCAACAAGCUGGCCCUCCUGCUGUCCCUCUUCGUCGCCGCCAUGAACGCCGCCGGCACCCUCCUCGGCAUCCACCUCAUCGACCGUUGCGGCCGCCGCCGCCUUGCCCUCACCAGCCUCGCCGGCGUCGUCCUCGCCCUCGUCCUCCUCUCGGCGGCCUUCUCCCUCCAUCUCGGCUGGGUCGCCGUCGGCGGGCUGGUCCUCUAUAUCGCCUUCUUCUCCCCCGGCAUGGGCCCCGUGCCGUGGGCCGUCAACGCAGAGAUCUACCCCGAGCAUUUCAGGGGGCUCUGCGGCGGCAUGUCCGCCACCGUAAACUGGGUCUCCAACCUCAUCGUCGCCCAGACCUUCCUCUCCGUCGUGGCGGCCGUUGGCACCGCCGUCACCUUCCUGGCCCUGGCCGGCGUGGCCGUCGCCGCAGUCGUCUUCGUGGUUGUCUUCGUCCCGGAGACCAAAGGGAUGAGCUUCGAGCAGGUGGAGAGAAUGUGGAUAGAGAGGGCCCGGGGUCGCGGCGCCGUCGUCAGAGACGCAGAUGAGUAA